AUGGCAAGUCAUACUUCAAAUAAUAAAAAUUAUAAUAUGAAACUGAUUGACACACUUUAUAAUCAAGUUCCAGCUUUUACUGAUGUAUUUGAUGAAGAAACAUGGUAUAUUUUUGUUGCCUGCUUUGUAGCAGGAACAUUUUUAGUUGCAUUUAUUCUUUCAAGAUUUAUUACAUUGAAACCUGUAGAAUAAAUGUAUCAUGUUGUUUAAAAAAAUGUAAUUCAUAUUCAUAUAGAAAAAAUUAAUUUAUACUUAGUUAUAUACAUUAUAUAUAUUAAAAUAAAAUUUAAGAUUUGUUAAGAUUAUAUUGUAAUAAUUAUAAUUUUUCUGUAUAUUUUCUAUAAAUUGUAAAUAUAAAGAUCUAUAGAAUUUUUCUUGCAACUAAAACAAUUUAUAACAAAAUAUAUUGUAAUUAAUUAAUGUCUUAUAUAAAAUAUUAUGUAAUUUGAAUAUAUUUUCAAUUAUUUGAAAUAUUCAUUUAGUAAUUAUAUAUAUUUUUUUUAUCAAAAUUCAUUAAUUUUAUGUGUUAUGAAGAUACACUUUGAAAUUAAUAUUUACACUGCGAAGAUUUUAUAAUUAUAUUUUUAUAAUUUUAGUAAACAUUAAAAUAAUUCGUAUUUUUAAUGUAAUAAAAAUUGUUUAAUAUUUAAUAAUAAAAAAUUAAUGAAAUACGAA